UGCACAACGUGUGUGUCCGUGUUUGACUGUGGACCAAGACGAAUGUGGUGAAUAGCAUUCAAUGACUGUGUUCUACCAUGGUUUACCUCACAACGAACAGAGUUCUUGGGAGUUUGCUGAUGCUGUUAUGGACAGAUGGUGUUGUCGCGAAAAAAAGGUACAGCGAGGGGAGGACCACAACUGAAAUUGUUGUGGGGUGCUGCAUCCUGGCAGUGUUCCUGCUGGUCGUGGCUGUCUGCAGCUUGUACUGUAAGUUUUGCACCAAGCGGAAGCGGGAAGAAUGGAAGGAGCGCAACAAAGUCAUCCCAUCAGAGAUACUCUGCAAACCGGAAGCGAAGGUGGUGGAAGAAAGAGUUCCUGCAAUUGACGUCAUUCCGCCACCAGUGGCGAGCGGUGAAAAGACCGACAAAGAUCCCAAUAAGGGUGCACCUGAUCAGAAGGACACACACUGGAGCGAUAAUAUUAGCGACACAUCGAACAUAUCUUUGUCGACUGAUCGAAAAGUGUUGAGUCCGAUUGAGGUAGCAUGAAUAAAAUUGUACAUGUUUUUAUGUCAUACGUGUCUUCAGGCAUUUCGGGAAUACCUUGCGUCAUCACUGAUUUUCAGUUAUCCAUUCAUAUACUUGUCAUCGCUAUUUUGCCAUUUAUGCAAAAGGGAAUCUGUUUCGGACGAUAAUCGAGACUGUUUUUCUCUGAGGUUGACGUUUGAUAUUAACUAAACUCACCUAAUUCUAUUUUUCCCCAAGUGCUGAAAUAAAAUUAAUAGUUAAAA